AUGUCGCUGAGCAACAACUUGAGGGCGCUGGACAGCUCCGGCGACGCCCGGGCCCUGCUGCAGAAGGUGCACGGCGCCCCCGCGGAGGCCGUCGCGGCUGCCUGCGGCAUGCGCCUCGCGGCUCCUGCGCCGCCGCCGGGCGCCGGCGGGCAGGAGCAGGCCGAGGCCGACAAGGCGUUUGGUUCGGGCGCCCACGCGCUCAUGGCUAGGGCCCGCCGUGCGCCGCGGCCCGGCAUGCGGUACUGCGAGCCCGCGCGGUGCUGCCACGCCGCCGCGGUGAGAGAGAGGGACGUCACCAUCAAGGAGCUCAGGCGCCACGCCGGCGAGCUCGGCGAGCGCGCCGAGGCCGCCGAGGCCGAGGUCCGCCGCCUGCGCCUGGAGUUGGCGGAGCACCAGGCGGUGGGCGAGAAGCACCAGACGAUGCUGUCCCUGCAGCGCGCGGCCAUCCACGAGCUGGAGGCCCUGCUGGAUCAGCAGGGGGCGGCGAUGGAGGACAUCCUGCGGGACGGCGCUUCCCCGCGCGGCGAUGGCGCCAGCAGCGCGGAGCUCGAGAGGCUCGCGGGCCAGGCGGAGGCCGUGCUGCGGCCCCGGAGCACGCCGCCGCGGGCGGCGGGCGCGCGGCAGCCGGGCGCUCUGGCGCUUGGCCCCUCGGGCGCGCUGGAGGACCAGGCGGGCCCCGCGGCGCUGCGCCGGGUGCCCCCCUCGGCGGCACUCCGGCCCCGGCCCCUCGGCCAGGCGCCGGCGACUUCAAGAGGAGGUUUAAGUCGGGCCAGUCCCUCUGCAGGAGGCAACUUCAAACAUAGUUCUUAA